GGACCUGACCGCGCUGGGCGCACGCAGCCGGAGUAGGGCUGAGGAGGGAACCUGUGGCGCCCGCCCUCCGGUCGUAGGCAGGAGAGGGGUCUAGGGCUCCGAAAGAGGCGUAGGCUGGAGGCCUGGGCGUCCCUGAGUCCUCUGGAAGAAGGGCUGGGGGUCUGGGGACCUGCGUGCCGGGAGGGGAAGUCCGGGGGGCCAGAAGAGAAGGCCCGGCUUCCUCGAUCCUCGGAGGAGGAGGGGCCGGAGGUCUGGCCUCCUGGGUUCUCAAAGGAGAAGAGGGCUGGAGGCCUGGGUUCUUAAAAGAGGGAGUCUGGGGGUGGAAUCCUCUUCUUGAAGGAGGAGGGGCCUGGAAGUCUGGAUUCUUAUGUUCUCAAAGGAGAGGAGCUGAGGACCAUGUCGCCCGAAGAAUGGACGUAUCUAGUGGUUCUUCUUAUCUCCAUCCCCAUCGGCUUCCUCUUUAAGAAAGCUGGACCUGGGCUGAAGAGAUGGGGGGCCGCAGCUGUGGGCCUGGGGCUCACCUUGUUCACCUGUGGCCCCCACACUUUGCAUUCUCUGAUCACCAUCCUUGGGACCUGGGCCCUCAUUCAGGCCCAGCCCUGCUCCUGCCACGCCCUGGCCCUAGCCUGGACUUUCUCCUACCUCCUGUUCUUCCGAGCCCUCAGCCUGCUGGGCCUGCCCACUCCCACGCCCUUCACCAAUGCUGUCCAGCUGCUGCUGACACUGAAGCUGGUGAGUCUGGCUAGUGAGGUGCAGGACCUGCACCUGGCCCAGAGGAAGGAAAUGGCCUCGGGCUUCAGCAAGGGACCCAGCUUGGGGCUGCUGCCCGACGUCCCCUCUCUGAUGGAGACACUCAGCUACAGCUACUGCUACGUGGGAAUCAUGACCGGCCCCUUCUUCCGCUACCGCACGUACCUGGACUGGCUGGAGCAGCCGUUCCCGGGCGCCGUGCCCAGCCUGCGGCCCCUGCUGCGCCGCGCCUGGCCGGCCCCGCUCUUUGGGCUGCUCUUCCUGCUGUCCUCGCACCUCUUCCCGCUGGAGGCCGUGCGCGAGGACGCCUUCUACGCCCGCCCGCUGCCCGCCCGCCUCUUCUACAUGAUCCCCGUCUUCUUCGCCUUCCGCAUGCGCUUCUACGUGGCCUGGAUUGCAGCCGAGUGUGGCUGCAUUGCCGCGGGCUUCGGGGCCUACCCCGUGGCUGCCAAAGCUCGGGCCGGGGGCGGCCCCACCCUCCAAUGCCCACCCCCCAGCAGUCCGGAGGAGGCCGCUGCCCUGGAGUACGACUAUGAGACCGUCCGCAACAUCGACUGCUACCGCACAGACUUCUGCGUGCGGGUGCGGGAGGGCAUGCGGUACUGGAACAUGACGGUGCAGUGGUGGCUGGCGCAGUACGUCUACAAGAGCGCGCCCACCCACUCCUACGUCCUCAGGAGCGCCUGGACCAUGCUGCUGAGUGCCUACUGGCACGGCCUCCACCCUGGCUACUACCUAAGCUUCCUGACCAUCCCGCUGUGCCUGGCCGCGGAGGGCCGGCUGGAGUCGGCGCUGCGGUGGCGGCUGGGCCCGGGCGGCCAGCAGGCCUGGGACUGGGUGCACUGGUUCCUGAAGAUGCGGGCCUAUGACUACAUGUGCAUGGGCUUUGUGCUGCUCUCCAUGGGCGACACCCUCCGCUACUGGGCCUCCGUCUACUUCUGCAUCCACGCCCUGGCCCUGCUGGCCCUGGGCCUGGGGCUGGUUCUGGGCGGGGGCGGCGCCAGCCGGCGGAAGGCAGCAGCCCAGGCUGCCGGCGUUGCCCCAGAAAAGCUCCGGGAGGAGUGAGCUGCCAGCUCUCCCUCUGCCCGGCCGGCCGGCCGCCAAGCUCCUGCCUGGGAAUUCCGUGAGCCAGGCUGCGUCUCCUUUCUGAGUCCCCCGUGUGGCUCUGGCUCGGGGCCUGGGGCCUGGAGGGUCCCGCGUCCCUCAGCACCCCGCCUCACAGCCCGGCUCCCCCUGGCUCCCGAGCUCCUUUCCUCCUGCAACAUGCAAAGCGCUGUCCAGACAAGACUCCUUUGUUCCCUGUGGGGCUACCGGGUUUCCAGAGCUGGACCCCCAAGCAGCAGGGGCCUGAGGCGCAGUCCCCCCUCCAUUCCGCAGUGGAAGGAGGCGCUCCGGGUGUGGAAACCUCUCCCUGUGGCUUUCCCGUUUUUACAUCAUCACGCCAGUGUCUCAGGCCUAGGAGGGAACCUAACCUUCCACUUCACAAAGGGGAAACCGAGGCACCGGUGAGCAGGCCUGGAGACCACCGUUCCUGUGGAUCCCAUCUGAGCCACCUCAGGGUCCCAGUGCUCCUGUCAUCCUGCGGCAUAGGAUGGCAUCAGUGUGCGGCUCUCCCAAUAAAGUGUGCACAGACCGUGUGUGUGCAGUGUCUGGGUGGGCGACCCAUGUGGGGGGGUGGGCCACCCAACCCCUGUGCUGUGCCCUGCCCCCGUCCCCAGGGUCCUGACGAGCACCUGUGGACUUCAGUUCCCAGCAGACCUUUGGGAGCAGUAGCCCUGACAGGUUAUAGGAAGUGCACACUAUUC